UGUUUUUUUAGCAACCUCCGUAACGUUUAUGUAGAUGUAUGUAGGCCGUCGGAUCCUCAAUUUGGCCGUGUCCACGUCCGUCCGAUGCUCACUCAUCUCCGUCCCAGUCAACGCCACCGUCAGUCAGUCGAGGAUGCCGUCGCCGGCGGCCGUGCUCGUCAGCAACGGCGCCAUCUCCCCACACGCUCCCCCAUCCGCCGCCGCCUUCCUCGACUCCACGCCGGGCGCCUACACCACCGCCCGCGGCACCCUGCACUGGUGGCCACGCCAUCUCCGCCGCCUCGCCGAAUCCGCCACGCUCCUCGCCCGUUCCCACCCCGACCUGCUCGGCCUCCCCGUUCCCCGAUCGCGCGCCCUCGACCUCGACUUCCACUCCAUCCAGUCUCUCGUCAACCCCUCCGUACGGGUAGCCAUCCACGAGAUGCGCGCUCGGCUGCCCAUGACCAAGGACGACGACGAUUUGGCGCUCACGGCCCUGGUCAGAGGAGCAGGAGCAGGAGCCGAUUCCGUUUCUGCUUCUGGGGACGGCCUCGACGUCUUCGUCCAUGUGGGGACGUAUUCCCCGCCGAUCUUCGGAGAGUCGGGGGCCAGGCUUGCUGUUGCCGGCAGGGGAAGGGACGCCGCCGCUGCCAAGUACGCGUCCUGGGCCAGGAUUCGGAAGAGUAUGGAAAAGAUGAGGCCUCCUGGGGUCACAGAGCUCUUGUUGACUAACGACGGGGAUCACAUUCUUGAAGGCGCUGUCACAAACUUCUUUGUUGUCUGCCAACAGGAGGAACAUGAGAGGAAUGAGCAAUUCUCUAAUCAAACAAUGGAUAUUAAGUUUGAAGUGCAAACAGCACCACUGAGUGAUGGAGUCCUCCCAGGGAUUAUACGUCAGAUAGUGAUAGAGGUGUGCCAUGAUAUUGGAAUCCCAGUACGAGAGAUGUCUCCGUCGUGGUCCAAUAAUGAACUUUGGAAAGAGGCAUUUGUUACAAGUAGCUUAAGGUUUAUCCAGCAUGUAGAGUCAGUUCAAGUACCUUUAUUUUGGGAGGACAUACAAUCUAAAACCUGGAGUGAUGUACCUUGGGCGGUGAAGAAGUUUCAGGGUGCUGGCUGCAUUACCACACAGAUUCAGAGGGAAAUACUGAAGAGAGCAGCAAGAGAGGAGUAUGACAUUAACAGUCUCCUUUGAGACAUUUUGGCUGCUCUGUGCUUUAUUUGUUGGCUAAGCAGAAGAGGAAGGCAACUGGUGGAUAACGUCGGAGUCCGGAUGGGGGGUAUGGAUUUGGAUAGUCUUGGCCGGGUAGGGAUUUGAAAGCCAAAGGUCCUGGGAUGGUAGUUUCUCUGCAAAAAGGCUAAAGGAGAAAUUGUAUACUAUAUAUAUAUAGUUGAUUUGAGGAAUUAAUUGUCUGUCUCGGAUACAUGAAUACAAUGAUCGAUCGAAUGAUCGCUGCUGCAGAUCAUUCAGCUAACUGUCGGAGUCCCUUUUGAUCUGUAACUGCAAUGCAACUAAUUAAUCUGAUCUGUUUGCCGUGUA